CAAUGGCGGCCCUGCCAAGGGUCGUCAAUAUUUGCCACAAAUCUUAGUGGCAUUGGCCAUAUUGGCGUUGCUAAUGUAGUGUCGGCAGACCCUUAUGUAUACUCUUCUCCACCACCUCCAGUGUAUGAGUACAAAUCACCACCACCUCCUUCUCCGUCUCCACCACCACCACCAUAUGUGUACAAAUCUCCACCUCCUCCCUCACCUUCUCCCCCACCUCCAUAUGUUUAUAAGUCACCUCCUCCUCCUUCUCCAUCACCACCACCACCAUAUGUGUAUAAGUCCCCACCACCUCCCUCACCGUCUCCACCACCACCCUAUGUGUAUAAGUCUCCCCCACCUCCUUCACCAUCUCCACCUCCACCAUAUUACUACAAAUCUCCUCCACCACCAUCACCUUCACCACCACCUCCAUAUUACUACAAGUCUCCACCUCCACCUUCACCAUCACCUCCACCACCAUACUACUACAAAUCUCCACCACCGCCUACACCAUCACCACCUCCACCAUAUUAUUAUAAGUCUCCACCGCCACCUUCUCCUUCACCUCCUCCACCAUAUUAUUACAAAUCUCCACCACCUCCUUCACCUUCUCCUCCACCACCUUAUUACUACAAGUCGCCACCUCCUCCAUCACCUUCACCACCACCACCAUACUAUUACAAGUCUCCUCCUCCACCUUCCCCAUCACCACCCCCAACGUACUAUUACAAGUCCCCACCACCACCGGCUAAAUCACCUCCUCCCCCGUACUACUACAGUUCUCCUCCACCACCAGUGAAGUCUCCCCCUCCACCAUACUACUACUCCUCACCACCACCACCAAAGAAAUCACCUCCUCCACCAUAUCACUACAGUUCUCCUCCACCACCAGUUAAGUCACCUCCAACUCCAUACUACUACAAGUCACCACCACCACCACCAAAGAAGUCUUCUCCCCCACCAUACUACUAUACUUCACCACCACCACCAACUCAUUACUAUCCUCCACAUCAUCAAUUUGUAGUCAAACACCCAGAGAUGUCUCACGACAAGAAACACCUGAAAGGUGCUGUUGUUGAAGUGACUUGCAAGGCCGGUGACAAAGAAAUUGUGAGUUAUGGUACCACUAAGAUCAAUGGCAAAUUUAGCAUCACAGUUGAAGGAUUUGAAUAUAGCAAAUAUGGAGCAAAGGCUUGCAAGGCUAAACUCCACAAUGCUCCUAAGGAUUCAAAGUGUAGCAUUCCUACAAACCUUCAUUGGGGAAUUAAGGGUGCUAACCUCAAAGUGAAGUCAAAGAAUAAAUAUGAAGUUGUACUUUAUGCAAAACCAUUUGCUUAUGGCUCAAAGACACCUUAUGCAGAAUGCCUAAAACCCAAGCCUACACCUGCUCCAUACUAUUAUAAAUCUCCUCCACCUCCAACACCGACUUAUGUUUACAAGUCACCACCACCUCCAUCACCAAAAUAUGUGUACAAGUCACCACCUCCCCCAACCCCGACAUACGUUUAUAAGUCUCCACCACCACCUGCUUACUAUUACAAAUCUCCACCACCACCAACUAAGUCUCCACCACAUUACUAUUACAAAUCUCCACCUCCACCAUCACCAAAACCUGCACCGGUAUACUAUUAUAAAUCUCCACCUCCACCAUCGCCAAAACCUGCACCUGUAUACUAUUACAAAUCACCACCACCACCAUCACCAAAACCUGCACCAGUGUACUAUUAUAAGUCACCACCACCACCAUCACCUUCUCCUCCACCUCCUUACUACUACAAGUCUCCUCCACCACCAUCACCAAAACCCGCACCUAUAUACUAUUAUAAAUCACCACCACCACCAUCGCCAUCACCCCCACCACCUUACUACUACAAGUCCCCUCCUCCACCAUCUCCAUCACCACCCCCACCUUACUACUACAAGUCUCCUCCACCACCAUCACCAUCUCCCCCACCUCCAUACUACUAUAAGUCUCCUCCACCUCCAUCGCCUUCUCCCCCUCCACCAUACUACUACAAGUCACCACCACCACCAUCUCCAUCUCCUCCACCACCCUACUACUACAAAUCACCACCACCACCAUCACCAUCUCCUCCACCACCAUACAUCUACAAGUCUCCUCCUCCACCAUCACCUUCACCACCUCCACCCUACUACUACAAGUCACCUCCUCCACCGUCACCUUCUCCACCACCUCCCUACUACUACAAGUCACCACCACCACCAUCCCCAUCUCCUCCACCACCCUACUACUACAAGUCUCCUCCUCCGCCGUCACCUUCACCACCCCCUCCAUCCCCAUCUCCUCCACCACCCUACUACUACAAGUCUCCUCCUCCACCGUCACCUUCACCACCCCCACCUUACUACUACAAGUCGCCUCCUCCACCGUCACCUUCUCCACCACCUCCUUACUACUAUCACUCUCCACCUCCACCCGUAAAGUCUCCUCCUCCUCCUUAUUACUACAACUCACCUCCUCCACCAGUGAAAUCACCCCCUCCACCGGGUCGUCAAUAUUUGCCACAAAUCUUAGUGGCAUUGGCCAUAUUGGCUGUUGCUAAUGUAGUGUCAGCAGACCCUUAUGUAUACUCUUCUCCACCACCUCCAGUGUAUGAGUACAAAUCUCCACCUCCUCCCUCGCCUUCUACCCCGCCUCCAUAUGUUUAUAAGUCACCUCCUCCUCCUUCACCAUCACCACCUCCUCCAUAUGUGUAUACAUCUCCACCCCCUCCUUCACCAUCUCCACCACCACCAUAUGUGUAUAAGUCCCCACCACCUCCCUCACCGUCUCCACCACCACCCUAUGUGUAUAAGUCUCCACCACCUCCAUCACCAUCACCACCUCCACCAUAUUACUACAAAUCUCCUCCUCCUCCAUCACCUUCACCACCACCUCCAUAUUACUACAAGUCUCCACCUCCACCUUCACCAUCACCACCUCCACCAUAUUAUUAUAAGUCUCCACCGCCACCUUCCCCUUCACCUCCUCCACCAUACUACUACAAAUCUCCACCACCACCUUCACCUUCUCCUCCACCACCUUAUUACUACAAGUCGCCACCUCCUCCAUCACCUUCACCACCACCACCAUACUAUUACAAGUCUCCUCCUCCACCUUCCCCAUCACCACCCCCACCGUACUAUUACAAGUCCCCACCACCACCGGUCAAAUCACCUCCUCCCCCGUACUAUUACGGUUCUCCUCCACCACCAGUGAUGUCUCCCCCUCCACCAUACUACUACUCCUCACCACCACCACCAAAGAAAUCACCUCCUCCACCAUAUCACUACACUUCUCCUCCACCACCUGUUAAGUCACCACCUCCUCCAUACUACUACUCCUCACCACCACCACCAAAAAUAUCACCUCCUCCACCAUAUCACUACAGUUCCCCACCACCACCAGUUAAGUCACCUCCAACUCCAUACUACUACAAGUCUCCACCACCACCACCAAAGAAGUCUUCUCCCCCACCAUACUACUAUACUUCACCACCACCACCAACUCAUUACUAUCCUCCACAUCAUCAAUUUGUAGUCAAAGUUGUCGGAAAAGUCUAUUGUUUUAGAUGCCAUAAUUGGAAGCACCCAGAGACGUCUCACGGCAAGAAACACUUGAAAGGUGCUGUUGUUGAAGUGACUUGCAAGGCCGGUGACAAAGAAAUUGUGAGUUAUGGUACCACUAAGAUCAAUGGCAAAUUUAGCAUCACUAUUGAAGGAUUUGAAUAUAGCAAAUAUGGAGCAAAGGCUUGCAAGGCUAAACUCCACAAUGCUCCUAAGGAUUCAAAGUGUAGCAUUCCUACAAAUCUUCAUUGGGGAAUUAAGGGUGCUAACCUCAAAGUGAAGUCAAAGAAUAAAUAUGAAGUUGUACUUUAUGCAAAACCAUUUGCUUAUGGCUCAAAGACACCUUAUGCAGAAUGCCUAAAACCCAAGCCUACACCUGCUCCAUACUAUUAUAAAUCUCCUCCUCCUCCAACACCGACUUAUGUUUACAAGUCACCACCACCUCCAUCACCAAAAUAUGUGUACAAGUCACCACCUCCCCCAACCCCGACAUACGUUUAUAAGUCUCCACCACCACCAACUAAGUCUCCACCACAUUACUAUUACAAAUCUCCACCUCCACCAUCACCAAAACCUGCACCGGCAUACUAUUAUAAAUCUCCACCUCCACCAUCGCCAAAACCUGCACCUGUAUACUAUUACAAAUCACCACCACCACCAUCACCAAAACCUGCACCCGUGUACUAUUAUAAGUCACCACCACCACCAUCACCUUCUCCCCCACCUCCUUACUACUACAAGUCUCCUCCACCACCAUCACCAAAACCCGCACCUGUAUACUAUUAUAAAUCACCACCACCACCAUCACCAUCUCCUCCUCCACCAUACUAUUACAAGUCUCCACCACCACCAUCGCCAUCACCCCCACCACCUUACUACUACAAGUCUCCUCCACCACCAUCACCAUCACCAUCUCCUCCUCCACCAUACUAUUACAAGUCUCCACCACCACCAUCGCCAUCACCCCCCCCACCUUACUACUACAAGUCUCCUCCACCACCAUCACCAUCUCCCCCACCUCCAUACUACUACAAGUCUCCUCCACCUCCAUCGCCUUCUCCCCCUCCACCGUACUACUACAAGUCACCACCACCACCAUCGCCAUCUCCUCCACCACCCUACUACUACAAAUCACCACCACCACCAUCGCCAUCUCCUCCACCACCCUACAUCUACAAGUCUCCUCCUCCACCAUCACCUUCUCCACCUCCACCCUACUACUACAAGUCACCUCCUCCACCGUCACCUUCUCCACCGCCUCCCUACUACUACAAGUCACCACCACCACCAUCCCCAUCUCCUCCACCACCCUACUACUACAAGUCUCCUCCUCCACCGUCACCUUCACCACCCCCACCUUACUACUACAAGUCGCCUCCUCCACCGUCACCUUCUCCACCACCUCCUUACUACUAUCACUCUCCACCUCCACCCGUAAAGUCUCCUCCUCCUCCGUAUUACUACAGCUCACCUCCUCCACCAGUGAAAUCACCCCCUCCACCGGCGUACAUUUACGCUUCACCACCACCACCAGUCCACUACUAAGAGGUUUUAAGAGUGCAGUCGUUCUCCACAAUCAAUCAAAUUUUAGUUUGAAACACAAAAUAAAUUAUGGCUUCUUGAGGAAUAGAUUCAAACAUCAAUGGUACAAAGCAAUUAAUUUAUGGAAUAAGAUGUUCAAUCUUUUAAUUGAAGGGUUGAUUCUUCAUGACAUGGACAUAUUUGAUUCUACUUCUCUUUUGGUCUUCUCGCACAUUGUUUUCUUAGUGCGUUCACAUGAACGCAUCUAGGCUUUGAUGCUUCUUAGAGUUUGUUUCUUCGUAACUUAUUGUUUG